UUGAAAAAAAAAUUGUGGUGUACAGAUUCGGUACCGUUUGCGCUUCUCUCUCCACCGAAUAUUGUAUAUUCAUUCUGUUAUUGUUGUUGUUAUAAUAUCAUCAUCAUACAAUUAGUUUUUGUAUAUAUAAUUAAUUUUCCAUCAUCAAAAAAUGUCUGACCAUAACGACGAAUUCUUCGAUGAAGAAGAAGAAGAAUUACACGAAAAUGAAGCCUUCACAAGUAUUUGGGAUCUCGUUCCUGGUUAUACCCAAUCACCACUUGAUUCCAUGCUUGAAAAUGAAGAGAAUACAACUCUUGAGCAAGUUUUGGAUGAAGAUACUAUCAUUCAAGAAUUAAAGUCAGCAAAUCAUAAAGUCAUCGCUUUCCUUAGCAAGGACGAGAAUAUUGACAAGCUUAUACAAUACAUCAUCACCGAAGAAUAUUUGCAACCAGGUCAAACAUUAACAUCAGCAGAUCUUGAAAGAGAAGAAGAGGAAUCACUUAAAAGAACUUACAAAUAUCCAUUCAUCACUUCAGAAAUUUUCAACUGUGAGAACGAAGAAAUUAUUAUUCCUAUUGUUAAAACCAAAGAAAGAACCAUUAAUCUCUUCUCCUACCUUCUUAACAAGGAUGAAAACAAGACACCAAAGAAUCCAUCUCUUUCCCAAUACUUUGUUAAAGCUGUUUCAACCCUUUUGCAAAAGUACUAUAAGGACAUUGUUGAUUCCUUGAUGGAUAAGCACAGCGAAGAGUUUAACAUUUUAAAGUUAUUUUUCACAGAACACAUUGGAUUAUGUGAUAUGGACUCUCUCAUCUUGAGAGUUUUAGGAUUCGAAACAUCAGAAGAUAGCUUUGAUCAAGAUGCUUUUGGUGGAUUUGCUACACAACAAAGAAUUCGUGAAUUGUUCUUAAUGAAGCAAAGAGGAAAUGAUCAAGAACUCCAACAAAAGAGAAAGCAAGUUAGAGAGUGGGCACUUAAUAAUAACUUCUUUGAUUUGAUUUUGAAAAAGCUCGAACAAAGUUUAGAUAAUGAAGAAGUUCAAAGAAAUACCUUCAGUCUCCUCUCCCAAAUUGUAGAAAAGGGAUACAAUAAUUCCAACGAAUUGACAAUCACCUUGUUAUCUGAAAAACAUUUGAAUACUAUUUUGGAUAUUAUUUUUAAGAAUUUGAACUCCACGAUAUUGGUACACGCAAUACCUUUCUUACGUGUUGUUAUCUCCGCCAAUGAAGAUUCAGAGGAAUCCGAUGCUGACGAAUCAGAUGACGAGACUGUUAAUAGGGGUUCUAGCCAUAUCUUCAUUUCCAAAGUCAUUCCAAUAAUUCUCUCCCGUACAAAACAAUUCCUUUCUCUCCUUAAUGAUACAGAGUUUGUUUCUAACAUCUCAAAGCUUGAACUUUCUCAUGCUGUUUUGGAUCCACCACUCGGUGAAACUAGAUUGAAGAUUGUUGAACAUUUACUUACAAUUUUCAAAGUUACACAAUCUAAUACUGAAUAUCAAAAAGAAUUAGCUUCUCUAGGUGUUAUGGGAGUUCUUAUUGAUUUAUUCUUCAAAUAUGAAUUCAAUUCCAUGCUUCACUGUCUUGUUUUUGAUAUGAUCAAGAUUGUUCUCACAGGAACUAAUUCAGAAAUGAAGAUGUCUCUUUUGGUUGAUACUGAAUUAUGUCAAAAGAUCUUAAAGGCCCAUGAAAAGAAUAAGGCUGUUAUUCAAAAACCAAAGGGUGCUAGCUUAGGUUUGAUGGGAUUUGUCAUUGAAAUUUCUAAUUUACUGAAGAAACUCAGUGAAAUUAAUCCUGAUAUUGCUAAGCAUUUGUCCUCCAUUGAAGGAUGGAAAGAAUUUACCUCUGGAUUUUUACAAGAGAGAAAUAUCCAAAAUGAAAAACAAUUAGGUGGACCAGUUCCAAUUGGUACUUUUGGAGGUGCUAGCUAUAUGGGAGAAGAUGAUGACGAUGAUGAUUAUGGUUAUGAUGAAGAUGAUAGUUCAGACUCUGAUGAAGAAGUUAUCGUAAGAAGAGGAUCCGAUUCAGACUCUGAUGAAGAUGAUGAUGGUGAAGUCAUUAGAAAACACUAUUAAAUUGUAAUUUCAACCUUAUAAAAUUUUAAACUAUCAAUUAUUGUA